AAUGACAGCUAACAUAACCUUUAAAAAAUAUGACAUAACCUUAAAAACUCGAACGAAAUGGCAAGUUUAUUAAAAAUAUUACGUUUAAAUCCUUUCAAAGGUCAAAUUUUACCAAUUUUUCGUAAUUUAACAACCCAACCUAACAUUCACAUCAAAACACCUCCCUUAACAUUAACAAGCCUUAUAAAUCCAUGGAUUAUACAAAAAGAAGAAAAAAUCAGACUUCCCGUGUUAAAUAAUAACCAAAUAAACCUCCCAAGUGGAAUGUUUUAUAUUCCAAAGAUUGAUAAAAAUGUUCAAGAUGAAAUCGAUGAACCAAGUAAAAAUUUUAAUGAUGAGAUACAAGCAGCUAGAUUGAUUAUAAUUCGAAGAAAGAAGAUGAGAAAACAUAAGUUGCAAAAAUUAAGAAAGAAAAUGAGAUUUGAGUGGGCUAAAGUGAGACAAAAACGCGAAUUGAAAAAGGAAAAGGAAUUUCAAGCUGUGCUUAUACAAAAAUGUAAAGAGGCGGAUGCUUUCUCUGCUGAAAGUUAUGUUCAAUCACGUAUUGAUAAAUUAAAUGAAUUAAUUGCUUUUGAUGCAAAAAAAAUGUUAUCAAAUAGAGAUAGAAAAUAAAUAAACA